UGGUAGCAGUUGAAGUAAUCGGGACGGUGCAGUUCUCCAAAAACAUUGGGUAAUACUUCCCGGUUCUGAGCUGGAGAGGUUAAAUAAGACAGCUUAUGAUGAUGUCCGUCCUAGGCUCCGAGUUUUGACGCAUUCGCUGCCAACGACUAUCUAACCCACCUCCAUUUCCUGCAUUACAGAGUUUCCUCUGAUGGGCAGGAAGCGGCAAUUGGAUUCCCCCGGAAGUGAAAGAGCCUCUCUUUUGAAUAAGGAGGAAAAGAAGAAGGCAAAUGAAGACCAAUCCACAGAUGGACUUUUGACAGACCUUGAGCAUGGGGAUGCAGUAGAGGCAGCGAAUGUUGGAUUUUGUAGAGUAUUGUCACUGGCAAAACCUGAUGCAGAGCUAGUUGUUGCCACCAUUGCACUAUUGUUGGCAUCCACAUCAAAUAUUCUGCUUCCAAAGUAUGGUGGUAUAAUAAUAGACAUUGUAUCAAGGGAAAUCAGAACUCCUGAACAGCAGUCGGAAGCUCUGGAUGCGAUAAAGGACACCAUAUUGUAUAUUGUGCUCAUAGUUGUCAUUGGUUCUCUGUGCACAGCACUUCGAGCAUGGUUGUUUUCUUCUGCCAGUGAAAGGGUAGUAGCUCGUUUGAGAAAAGACUUAUUCAGUCACCUUGUCCAUCAGGAAAUAGCAUUCUUUGAUGUCACUCGAACGGGAGAACUCCUAAGCAGGCUAUCUGAAGACACACAGAUCAUAAAGAAUGCUGCAACUACCAAUCUUUCUGAGGCACUCCGAAAUUUGACAACUGCGUUAAUUGGCAUUGCCUUCAUGUUCUCGUCUUCAUGGAAGUUAACAUUGUUGGCUUUGGCCGUAGUGCCAGUCAUUUCGGUUGCUGUUCGGAAAUUUGGGCGCUAUCUUCGCGAACUUUCACAUGCAACUCAAGCUGCAGCUGCAGUGGCUGCCUCAAUUGCAGAGGAAUCUUUUGGGGCCGUUCGAACGGUCAGAUCAUUUGCUCAAGAAGCUUACACGAUUUCAAAGUACUCAGAAAAGGUUGAUGAUACAUUGAAGCUUGGUCUCAGACAAGCUAGAGUAGUUGGUCUAUUUUCUGGAGGACUAAAUGCGGCAUCCACAUUAUCUGUCAUUGUAGUGGUGGUUUAUGGAGCUUACUUGACAAUAACAGGCUUUAUGACUGCAGGCUCUCUUACAUCCUUCAUUCUUUACAGCCUUACAGUUGGGUCCUCAGUAUCGGCUUUAUCGGGAUUAUAUACCACAGCGAUGAAAGCUGCAGGAGCAAGCAGGAGAGUUUUUCAGCUCCUGGAUCGUGUAUCAGCCAUGCCCAAACCAGGAGAUCAGUGCCCUAUUGGAAAUCCUGAUGGAGAUGUGGAAUUAGAUGAUGUCUGGUUUGCUUACCCUUCUCGCCCAAGCCAUAUGAUACUCAAGGGUAUAACUUUAAGACUGAGGCCUAGUUCAAAAGUUGCUCUUGUUGGGCCAAGUGGUGGUGGGAAGACCACAAUAGCAAACUUAAUUGAGAGGUUCUACGACCCUCUCAAGGGAAAGAUUUUGCUUAAUGGGGUUCCACUAGUGGAAAUAUCACACGAGUAUCUUCAUCGAAAGAUCAGUAUCGUAAGCCAGGAGCCUGUUCUUUUUAAUUGUUCUAUUGAAGAAAACAUUGCCUACGGGUUCAAUGGAAGCACAAGCUGUACUGAUAUAGAAAGUGUAGCUAAAAUGGCUAAUGCCCAUGAAUUCAUAGAAAAGUUUCCGGAAAAGUAUCAAACUGUCGUUGGAGAACGUGGAGUAAGGCUGUCAGGUGGUCAGAAACAAAGAGUUGCAAUUGCGAGAGCAUUAUUAAUGAACCCAAGAGUUCUGCUGCUGGAUGAAGCCACUAGUGCUUUGGAUGCUGAGAGUGAAUACCUUGUUCAGGAUGCAAUGGAUUCUCUGAUGAGGGGCAGGACCGUUCUGGUAAUAGCACACAGGCUUUCAACUGUCCAAAGUGCUGACAGUGUUGCAGUUAUAUCAGAUGGCCAGAUUGCAGAAAGCGGUACCCACGAAGAGCUGCUCAGCCAGGAUCGGAUUUACACAGCUUUAGUGAGGAGACAAUUACAAGCCCCAAGGACUGCACUGUAGUCCAAAAUACUUGAUAAAACUCCAGUCGGUUAACAUAUAUACUUGUUAAUAAGUGAGGUUAGUUAAUUGAAAUACCCAUCUGACUUCUUCUACAUCGUUAAUGGUUAGAUCAUGUUGGAUGAUCAUGAAGACGUUUCCCUACUUAAAAUCUUUAUAAGAUGUAUAGGAACAUUAUGAUAGGAAUAAAUAAAUUGUCAGAUCACCCAA